AAAUCUGAUGACUUUUAAAUAAAUGUGAGAAUUAAAAGAAUUUAUUAAGACAGAAACAAAACAAAAAAUAAUUAAAAUAAAAAAAAGACACACAAAUACGGUUGUAGCUGCGCUUAAUAAGAAGCUACAUGUCGGCGGCAAGGUGAUUGAAGUCGCCCACGUUCUUCUGAGAAAUUACCGAAACUAAUUUGGUUAUUUUUGUUUUAUUAAUUUCAAAGACGGGAGAAGGAGGUUGUGUAUAAAUAUGAGGUCCCCCAAGAAACAACAACAAAAAAACAGAUAGAAAGAAACCCUUUUGUGUUUCGAAAAAAAAAAGUGUUCCAAAGAAAAGAGAAAGAAACCCUUCCGUGUUUCAAAAAAAAAAAGAAAAAAAAGAAGAAGAAGAAAGAAACCCUUCUUCUCUCAAACCCUUCUUUUGUGUAAAAAUGAAGAAGAAACCGGUGGGGUAUAGAUUUAGUCCUACUGGACUGGAACUGAUCAACCAUUACCUCAAGAACAAGAUUCUUGAUAAACUAUGGCUCGUCAACGACGCCAUUAACGAGAUCAACAUCUGUGCUCACGAUCCAAAGUUCUUGCCUGCGUUAUCGAAGCUGGACUCAAAGGAUCUUGUAUGGUACUUCUUCUGUCGAAGGGAGUACCACGUACCUGAGAAAAAGAAGGGAACGAAGAGGACAACACCUUCUGGGUAUUGGAAAGCUACUGGUGUUGAUCGGAAGAUCAGGGAGAAGGGUGUUGAGAUCGGGAUCAAGAAGACGCUUGUCUACCAUGAAGGUAAAUCAACUAAUGGUGUUUGGACUCCUUGGGUCAUGCACGAGUAUCACAUCACUUCCUUGCCUCCUACUCAGAGGAACUAUGUUAUCUGCCAAGUAAUGUACAAGGGUGCGGACGGCGAUAGUUUGUACGGUAAUAACUCCAAUGAGUUAAGCCACUCCACCAUGGUCUCUGACUUGAAUACUGUCAGAGAGAUUAACACUGCCCCUGAGGUUGAGCAACCAAGGGAAGAAGAUUUCUACAUGUCUUGGGAUGAUUUGGCCAACCCACUGAACGAGCAGGAUGAUCCCUCUCUAUUCAAUCCAGACACGUUUUUCAACGACGACUACUGCCCUUACCAGCAGCAGCCGCAAGCUCCCUGCGAUGAUGAUUAUAUUAGUAAACUGCUGAGUUUUAACGGAGGGAAUCAUGCUGAUGUACUUGGAGAUCUAGACAUCACAAUGCAAGAGCACCGCAACGAUCACAGGCCAACGAAAGCUUUUACAGGGAUCAUUGUUGAUUGUAGCAGUGAUAACGAUGCUAAAUCCAUAUCUGCAACGGUAAGCAUGUUAGAACCAAUUAUUAUAAAUUUGACAUGCUUGUCCAUGCAAAUUUUGAUUUUACUUUUUAUAAAUAAAUAUUUAUUUUAUAUACAUAAUAUAUAUAUUUUAAAAAUUUAUCACUGCUAAAUAAUUGUUUAAUAUGAUAAUUUUAUUCAAAAUAAUAUUAUAGUUUAUAUCUGCAACGGUAAGCAUGUUGGAACCAACUAUUAUAAAUUUGUCAUGCUUGUCCGUGCAAAUUUUAAUUUUAAUUUUUAUAAAUAGAUAUUAUUUUAUAUACAUAAUAUAUAUUUUAAAAAUUUAUCACUGCUAAAUAAUUAUUUAAUAUGAUAUUUUAAACACAAUAAUAUUAUGGUUUAUAUUUGCAACGGUAAACAUGUUGAAACCAAUUAUCAUAAAUUUGACAUGUUUAUCCGCGCAGAUUUGAUUUUACUUUUUAUAAAUAAAUAUUUAUUUUAUAUACAUUAUAUAUAUUUUUAAAAUUAUCACUGCUAAAUAAUUAUUUAAUAUGAUAUUUUUAAACACAAUAGUAUUAUAGUUUAUAUCUGCAACGGUAAGCAUGUUGGAACCAAUUACUAUAAAUUUGACAUGUUUAUCCGCACAAAUUUUGAUUUUACUUUUUAUAAAUAAAUAUUUAUUUUAUAUACAUAAUAUAUAUUUUAAAAACUUAUCACUGCUAAAUAAUUUUUUAAUAUGAUAAUUUAAACACAAUAAUAUUAUAGUUAAUAUUGAGUUAUUUUAUUUUAUUUUUUGAAUCAUUAAGUGCAUUAUUCACAUUUAUAGAGUACGAUCUGCGUAUUUGUACAUGUAUAUUUUUAUUCUUUAAUAGAUCGAAAAAUUAAUGUAUGAUUAAAUUGUUAUAUGUAUUAUUUAAAUUUGUUGCUAUGUAUUUUACCCGGACCUGAAAACCCAAAUCGAAAAUGAUCCACAAAAAAAGAUUUGGGUCAGGUACGAAUAAUUGUUUAAUAUGAUAUUUCUAAACACAAUAAUUUUAUAGUUUACAUUGACUAAUUUUA